UUUGCAAUCGUCAGUGACACGAUUCAAACGAAAAAUUGUCACUGCAUGAUUAAUAGUGAGAAGACAUCUCGAACUGGUUAUGCCAUGAUUUCCGUUUAUUUGAUUAUUUCACUUUUUCGAUUGGCUUCAGGAUGUCCUGAAGAAGCCCUUUCGCCUUGUUCCUGCAGGUUAAUAGCCAACAAAGCCAACGAAGUUGUCUGCAAGGACGCAACUGACAUAGAUAAAUUGCAAAAAUCGCUUUCAAAAAUGAAUGAUUUGCCCAUUCAGACCCUGCAAGUCAUAGAUAGUUCCUUGAUGUUCUUUCCAAGUAUCUUCUUCGAAGGACUCUCUAUCGAAAAAAUGCAUCUUAUUAACUCUACAUUCAUGGAUCUGAGUGAUUCGGAACUAGCCUUUACUGGCCUGGAGAACAGCUUGAAGAGUCUUAUAAUACAAAGGUGUAGAGUCUACAAUGGUUGGGCAUGGACAGAAUUAAAGAACCUGAAAAGCCUGACAUGGUUCAAGACUUUGAAGUCAGGUUUAGAUGUCAUUGAUUCUGAUAUAGAGGAUAUUGCGGGUUUAAAUCUGGAGGUAUUGGAACUUACACAGGAUACCGUGUCCUACGUAGAUGAAAAAGCAUUUUCUCAUUUUAAAAAUUUGAAAGUAUUAUCCUUGAAGGCUAAUCAGAUUUCUGAUGUAAAACGAUCUAUGUUCCCCGAACCCGCGUUGAAGCUUACACAAAUUAAUUUAAGUUAUAAUCAAAUUGAAAACUUACCUGACGAUAUUUUCACGAAUAUGCCGAGCCUCAUUUCUCUCAUUUUAUCUGGCAACCAUAUCUUGACAAUUGAGGAGCCUGCAUUUUCCUCAGUUUGGAAGCAGUUGAAAAAAGUUGAUUUGUCAGAUAAUCCCCUCAGAUGCGACUGCCGUAUGAAGUGGGUUGUUCGAGCAGGUUUUCCGAGAACAACAUACGGCGAGUGUGACCAACCUUCCAAUCUCAGUGAAAAGUCACUUGAUGAAUUAAUAGUGGAUGAUCUGACGUACUGCUAGACAACGAACAUCUUGUCUACAGGAAAGCGCUUUUUUAUAUUUUUGAAAUUUCAUAAAAAGAAUUUCAGUUUGUAAAUCUGAUUGUUUUGAAUGUCAGUUGUGUAAGUAUGAUAAAAUUGAAAAAUAAAAGAAGUUUCAAAAAGGCUA